AUGGUUCUCACACCUACCUCAUCCAACAUUGCCAAGAAGCGUGUCCCCACGCAGACCAUCAAGCGCCCAAUUCCUCAGGUACGUCCAUCGAAGCAAAAAGGCGCCAAAACAGCAGCAGCGGACCCGCCAAAGGAGGACGCUACAGAGAAAGCCAAGACGAAGAAAACGCUGGUGACAGCCUCUUGCGCCUGCGAAUCCUUCCCCGAGAUGCCCGAUCUCAUCGAGGUUACAAUUACCAUCUGGCCCGUCGAAUUCGAGCAGGUCGAUUCGGACGUCGAUGUCAAGUUGGAUGUCUAUGUCUAUACGGUGGAUCCGGACACUUCAAGCCCCGAGCUUUGCCACGGGGAGACGAGGCGCUCUGCACUUCCACCCCUCGAGCGGUUAGGCUCGUUUGAUCCGGCCAAGGAAUCGGAUUUCUUGGAUGCUGCCGAGGAGGCGCUUGAGGAGCUUAUCAAGCAGAUGAGCGGCGAUUGGGAUGAUGAUCCUGAGAAUUUUAGGGAUGCGUUUGUAGAGGAGAUGAAGAAGGCAGGGUGGGUGAACUGA